AUGAGUUCACUGGACAUUUCGAAACAGAAGAAACCCCAAUCUAAGAAAACAAACAGAAACCUGGAAAAAUGUAAAGCGACAAAGCAGGAGGAUGAUGACGAUUCGGGACACGAUACAGCAUCCACAACAAUUACACCAACUCAAACAACACCGGUCGACAUGAUGACCUCCAAAGAUUUCCAAUUUGAUGUUGGGGCUCACAUUGAAGUGAUACAUCAACAGUUGAAGGAUACGGUUCGAGUGCAAAAGUUCAGAGAGGCUAUUUUAUAUAAUCAACAUUUGUUCCGGAACAAAAUUGUCCUACAUUUGAAUUGUGGUGUGGGUAUAUUUUCAUUGUUUGCCGCAAAGGCAGGAGCUGCCAAGGUCUUCGCCAUCGAUCAUUCGAAUGUCAUUUAUUACACCCGACAAAUUGUGGCGGCAAAUGGUUAUGGCGAUGUCAUAGAGGUGCUGAAGGGCCGCAUUGAAGAUAUCGAUUUGCCCGUCAAGGAAGUCGAUAUCAUUUUAUGUGAUUGGAUGGGUUAUGCGCUGCUGUUUCAAUCGACCUGUGAUGCUGUGAUUUAUGCCCGCGAUAAAUGGUUAAAGAAGCCGAACGGUUUAAUAUUUCCAGACCAGGCAAAAUUGUUCAUGGUUGCUGUGGAAGAUCAAAAACAUAAAAAUGAAAAUAUUGAAUGGUGGAAUGGUGUCUAUGGAUUCAAUAUGAAAUGUUUGCGCGAUGUGGCUCUGAAAGAGCCACGCUAUAAGUUGAUUAAAUUGGAACAGAUGCUAAGUAAACAAUGUCCCAUAAAGACAAUCGAUUUGUAUACCGCCACAAAGGAUGAUUUGAAAUUUCGUAGUAAAUUUAUGCUGCCCAUGCAGCGGGCAGGACAAUUGGAUGGUUUUGCAUUGUAUUUUCAUGUUUAUUUUACAAAAUCGCAUACACCACUUGGCUUUAGUACGGAUCCCUGGUCGGCUGGCACGAAUUGGAUGCAAACUAUACUCUUCUUAGACAAAUCGGUGGGCGUUAAAGCCAAUAGCAUAUACUAUGGAGGAAUUGAAAUGCUAUCACACAAAACACCAUUGGAUCUGAAUGAUAUGCAAAUAAAUUUGGAAUUAUUAACAGGAGAUCCUUUAUUUCCUGAGGUCGACAUUGAAAUGAGUUGGAAUUUAAGACCAGCUGUAAUGUCAAUGGAACCAUUAAGUGUAAAUGAAAAUAAUGGCACAGAUGAGAAAUCCAAUGACCAGCCAGCAACUACCAAAGAAAAAUUAAAUGAUGAACAAUCGAAUAACAAAGCGAAUAAUACAAUUUGUGAUCGCACAUCAUUUAAUAAUGUUGCGGAAUUAUUGGAAAUGACAGCACCACUACCACCACCGGUAAAGGCACAAAAACAAAAAUUCAUUGCCACCAAAAUAAUGCCAACGGAAGGCAACUUCUUGGCCUCACAAACAUUUACCAUUGGUGAAAAUAUUUAUCUAUUCAACUAG